AUGGCAUCCAGGGAAACAACACCUUCAGAUCUGGGUGAAGAUCUCCAGCCCAUCAGGUUCCCAGCAUAUGUCAGAAAGGCAUUCAGAUUGGAUUCUGUCAGAACACCAGGGGGGCUGAACAUCCAAUUUGAGCAACUCCUUUUAGAAGGCAAGAAUGAUGAUGGCAGAUAUUACAAGCUUGAUACUGCAGACAUGAAAACCAACCUGUCUGGUGAUGAUGCAGGCAUCUCCCUCCACAGGGACUUUGACUCUAUCAUUGGGUUCUAUCAGGGGUUGCCAUUAUUCGACAGUGUGGAGCUUUCCCUUGUCCCUCGUCCUAUGGAUUCUCUCUCUGGUUCCACCAAUCUGCAUGUGAAGCUUCCAGAUCAUCUAUUCGAGAUUGAUGGCAAGCUGGUGGGUGGGAAGCGUCUGGUUUCUGCUGCUCUGCUAGGUGAACUGGUGGAACAUAUGAGAGAUUGCCUGGAGAGGAAGAAGGAACGCUUCGAAUGGGCUCGCAGCUUCUUCUUUGGCCUUGAGAUCAAGGGAAUCAAACUCAGCACCACACAUCCUGUCCCUUUUAACAAUGGCACAGAGGAAGGGCAGGGUUCCAGUGAAGAGGAUCAAGAGACGAUCUUCAGACAACUUAUCCUGGGGAUGUUUCACAGUGGACUCACAUCUCUAGAACAGCAAAGCACGUGGGUGGAUGUGGGGCUCGAAAUAAGCAGGAAGGCCCAUGUCCUUGCCACAGGGUAUCAGGGGGAUGUGGAAAGACAAUGGACACAGCCUGGAAGGGAGGGGUAUUUCUGCGACAUUCAAGCAGGAAUCCUAUCUCUGGCUGGAGGACGUUGUGCAUUGCCUCAUCUCCCCCGCUUACCCAUUUAUGCACAAUGGUAUGCGUCGGAGAAGGGGGUUUGUAGGAGAGCUGACAGGUUUGACCCUAUGCUGGGAAUCACGAAAAAGAACGUGUUUGGAGAAAAAACCAAGGAUAAACUGAGAGUGGAAUUCGAUAAUCUGGAGGAAGUGUGGAAUUCAGCUCAUCAUGAGAGGACGGAAGGGACGGCAAGAUUGGAGAUACGCGUUCCCCUUCGAAAAGCCAAAAAUUCCCUGAGAACAGUGACAAAGGAGUUCAUCGAGCAGUGCACCAUCUCAGCUUUCAAGCUUCUGAUGGCUCGUGCAUGUCGUCAGGUCAUUGAGGCUCAGAUGAAUGGGACCCCCCGGUCUAGACUGGCACGACAUGCUCUGGAGCUCAGUGCUGCACUCACAUGGCGGAUCAACAUGCUGAACAGGAGACCAGCAGCAGGUUCAUCAGAGCACCAGCUCAUGUGUGCUUCCCUCCCUGUCACCGACAACUUCUCCCACCCAGAUCUGUUAGAUGGACGUGACAGGAAUCCAUGGAGGGCGCAGGCGGAAAAUGAAGAAUACCGCCCAUUUGCCUCGGGAAAUGUCAUCUGGUUCAGGGACAUCGAUUACAACCUGAACAUGACAGAUGAUUGGCAUAGGCCAAUUUCCCCUGGAUUCAAAGCACGAGCCACACUUGGAUUGGGACGGCGUCGGCUACUGCUGGAUCGGUAUCUCAAACACCUCUCCGGCUUUACCAUCGACGAGCUGGAAAGAAUACUUUCAACUACCCCCUACAUCACACCACCUGCACCUUUCCGUCUACCAAGACCUAACCACACACUUCCACCAGAUCUGCCGGAAUCACUAGAUGAGCUGCUAGCAAAUGCUCAUAUCAAAUUGAAGGAGAGCGCUACCAAGCACCUGAAGGAUUCUUUCCCCAACUCGGAUAACAGUGAUGGGGUCCCUCAGCUCGUUCAAGGGACCACGAACCUGGUAUUGACCAAGAAUAUCCAGCAGAUCCUCGACUUUUACUUUUCCAACGUGCUGCAGACCAUCCCUGUCCCCCAGACGCAAUCCCCAGAGCUGUUCUACCAUACUGUCCGUAAUCCAGACAGUCCAGUUGCACACCCUGGUAUAGGGUACUUUAAAGAACCGGAUCUUUUCCGCAGUGGAUUCACCGGAGCUCACAUCAGGAAGCGCAACCCCCCAGAGUUCCAUGUAGCGUUCCAGCUCUCUUUCCCACCAGCUGACCUGAAAUGGGAAGAAGCAAGGAUGAAGGGGACAUACAAUAGGGAGAGGAGAGGAGGCCAGCCCAUGAGAUAUGGGGAUGAGAGAGAGCAAGGGUUGAUAGAGUACAAAAAUGGUGGUAGGGGUUGGAAGCGGCAUUCGUUUCAUGCUGCCUGGUGGGAAUUCAUCCGGAGAUUCGACUAUACUGGUGGCGAUCGUAUUAGGGAGAAGGUCUGGAAGAAUGUGUACUCCAAACUUGUUUGGGCACCCUAUUCUGACCUUUCACGAAUGUGGUACACAACAUCCAACGCCAAAAGUGCAGAGACCUUCCCUGCAGAUAUGGCAGUUUCAAUUUCAUUUUUCAUGAUCGGAGAGUGGGAGAGCCACUCUGGCCUUGGGGCCCCAGGGAAGCAAGACAGGGGCCAGCUGGAUCGUAGUGGGGUCCCAAAACUCAGCUAA